UAUUGCACGAAAAGAGCUGCUCGCAGCCGCACUGUGAAUAUCUGUAUGCACGUAGCCAGGACUGUGGAGUGUGCAAAGGAAGGAGAGAGAGAGAGAGAGUGAGAGAGAGAGAGAGCGAGGAGGAGAGGUGGAGGGAAUACAGUUUGGAUACAACUGGAAGACUACCAGGCGCGCACUGCACGUACCUAGCGGAAGGCACAUCGACGGUGCGUAGCCAACAUUACCUACCCACCGUCCCCCGCGAUCGGAUUCAGGCGAGAAUGGAGCUCCCUGCCGCCGGAGAGCACGUCUUUGCGGUGGAGGGCAUCGAAAAGAAGCGCAUCCGCAAGGGCAAGAUCGAGUACCUGGUCAAGUGGCGAGGCUGGUCUCCCAAAUACAACACAUGGGAACCAGAGGAAAACAUCCUUGACCCGCGUCUCCUCCUCGCGUUUCAACACAGAGAGAGUCAGGAGCAGCUGAUGGGAUAUCGCAAACGGGGCCCAAAACCAAAACAUCUUUUACUCCAGGUACCCUCAUUUGCCAGAAGAUCCUGUAUCCCUUCAGGUUUUGAGGAAUCAUCUCAGGAUGCAGAGGUUAGCCUCAAGUCCAAUCCCGUCCCGGUCCAGCGUCCUCAGCCUCAGCCUCAGCCUCAACAAUACCAGCUCAACAGCAAGAAGCACCAUCAGUACCAGCCCAGCAGCCAGGAGGUCCCCGCUGACCAGCCAACCAAUGGCAAGAAGAAGUUCAUCUACCAACUCAACAGUAAGAAGCACCACCACUAUGAACCGGACCCAAACAUGUAUGACGCUCAGGCUUCCAGGCUCAAAGAGGUGGUGAAAGUUCAGGAACUGGCCAGUAAACCAACAAAUCCUGGCUGGAACUUACCGCUGGCACUGCAGCAGAAAUGGGUUCGAGACAAAGACACAGGCUGCUUGAGCAAAGUCAAAGAGUUGGCGGUGGAGGUUAGGAAACCAGCUGUUAAAGACGUUAAAAUUGAACAAGCCCUAAAACCCAAUCCUAAACAGGCAACCAUGCCUAGCACUAAUAGUAGCAAAAUGAAGAUAAUCAAGAACAAAAACAAGAAUGGACGUAUUGUUAUUGUCAUGAGCAAAUAUAUGGACGGCAACAAGGUUCAUGGAGCAAAGGGUAAACAAGGGGAAUCAUCGAGCGAAGUGAAACACCAAAACACCAAACCUCUAGAGAACAAUCCAGCACACACAACCAAAAUGAUGGAGCACCCGGAGAACGGUAUCCCCAAAGAGCUCUGUAACGGCAGCUCCCUCCCUGCCGCAGACCAUCCCUUAAAGUGUUCCCCAAAGGACCGACAUUUCUCCAAACCUUCACCAAGCACAGCAGAGGAAUACAACACUGAAGUGGCUCGCGGCCAGGCUGAUUUACCGGAUGAUUUACCCCUUCAGUUGACCGCUAGCUCACCCCUGACGUCCUGGACUGUUGACACCAACAUCGCGACCCCUACAUCCAUCGACCAGAUCAGGAUCCCUUCUUUCCCCAAUGACCGCAAGCGAAAGCUAUCAGAUCAUGUUGAGGACAGGAAUGUCUCCAAAACCUACCUAACUUCCAGAAGCUUCAGUGUCCCCAGCACCGUAGUCUCGCCACCUCAGGACAAACCUAUGGACCUCCACUGUAGUGGCCCACGCCACAGCAGUGCAUGUACUUAUGAGGUUGUGGACUCUGGCAGCCAAGAGGAGCCAAUGGACCUAAGCUGCCCAAAGACUAAGAAGCAGGUGGAGCUUGAAAUACAGCCGGAGCCUGAGCUUGUUGUCACAAACACACCUGCAUUGACAGAAGACACACAGAAAUCCACAGAGAAAUCUAAAGAAGCAACUGUUGAAAAACCCUCCCCCUUUAUGGGAAAUAUCAUAAUCACUGACAUCACAACAAACAGUCUCACCGUCACCUUCAAGGAAUAUGUUUCUUUUUAAUAAACCGUUUGUAAAAUGGGACUACCAGUGACGAAUUGGAUGAAUUCUGUUAAUAUGUACAUAAUGUAAAAACAUCAGAAUUUUGUAUAUGUGGAAAUUAAUAAUUUAUCAUUCAAAUUAAAUAUGUUUCUUAUACUGUUUUAUACCGUAACUCCUCUGUGACGUUGUAGCCAAGAAAGUGCCCUCGAGGAUUUGAGCGAAUGCAUUCAGGUGGAUGUGUUCUGCUUUUUUUUUUAAAAACUGUUUAUUUGUGAUAUGGAGCUUAAUGGGAUACUUUUGCUGUUGUUUCAUAUCUGUACCAAACUUAUAACCUGAGAUGUAUGAAAGUUUAUACAUAUUUUGUAUGAAUAAUAUCACGUAUUUUGGUCCUGAUAGAAAGUAGAGGAUGUUGUUGAGUAAUGGUGAUCAAAGAUCAAAUUGAAAGCACUUAAUAACAUUUUAAUAUGUUGGUUUGUGUCAUUACGAGUGGAGAAACAGCUGUUCUCUUUAAGUCUUAUUUCACUUUUUACCCCAGACAGGAACCCUCGGACUGAAUUGGCAUAUUUAGUUACAUGUUUUGUUUGUGGCUUGUUUGAGAAAUGAUUAGCCAUGAUGACUUGCAAAUGUAAAAAGCAGGCGUGUCUGAAUAGAGUCUAAAGACAGUGUGGGACACGCUCGGCUGUGUCAACAACUUUAAAGAAAUGUCCUGGUCUUUUCUUCUUUUGCCAGUUUUUUGUCUUGUCAUUGAGAAGCAACAAAGCCGUCAAUGGAUAUGCCCUUGCAACCCAAUCUAUUGCUAUGUUGCACAUUACACCUUUAGCAAACAUUUGUGGAAGAAAAUGUGACUCAAAGGUUUGUUAUCAUUAGGAAAAUGGUGUCAUUUAUGUGUGACUUCCCGUUCCCUUCACGACAUAUCGAUUCUUACCAUUAUUAGGUUGGGAUUUGUUAUAGUUGACCUCAGAUAUGGCUGAAGUUACUUUAAAAAUACAUAUGCUAGUCUCAUUAGGAGUCCCCUAAUGUCACACAGAUUAGCAACGUUCAUCUCAUUUCGCUUUUGAAGCUCAUUAUAUGAUCUGAAAAACACGUUGACUUCUAUUUGCUUUAGAAAAAGCUUCUACUAUGAGUACGUUACACGAUUGAAUGUGUCGGGAGGCUGCCUUUGUAUACUGUUACAUGUGAUCCAAUAAGUGCAAGCUGUUUUGAUUAUGCUGCUGAAAAUUCAAAUGUCAAAGCUGUUGGAUAUAACCUGCAUUGGAGUCUAAUUUGCCUUUUACACACAUUUAUUGCAGAACUAGUAAGGAUGCUAAAAUGCUAUGAUAAAAAAUGAAGCAUAUUUAUUGACAUGUAAUUUGUUGUUCAAAAACAAUUACAAAGCUGCUCUCUGCAUCAGAAGCUGCAGGUGACUCAAUUGAACAGUUUAAAAGAUAUUUUUGUUUUGUUUGUUCUUUCUGGCACUUGGUUUAAAAUCAAAUGAUUGAUAUAAAGUAUGUUCUACCAAGAGUGGGUUGACUUAUUGCUGUUGAUACAGCUAACUGGAUGGUAUGUUUCACAAUAAAGAAAGACAUGACCCCUGA